GCGUGUUGUUCACUCGCGUAUCUGCCCUCUGAUUGGCUAGAAUGGUCCCACCUGAUAUUGACUCCUCCCGUUUGCCUUCCGUCUUUGAGGACAAGUAUUUCCAUUGUUCAGUCAUUUGUUGGAGCGGCUACUCGACUAUCUUGUCAUUAUAAUAGAUCAUCUUCGGUUCAGUCAAAAAGCUGGAGCUUUGACGUCACACCACUAUUUUCCGCAGGAUUAAAGAUGGCGCCGCAUCAUGUACUAAAGUGCUGUCAACGGAGUUUAGCUUGGAUACCUGUUAUUUUCAUCAACCUGGUCGUUGGCUGGUCUUAUUAUGCAUACGUCGUGGAACUCUGUAUCUUUACAAUCCCAAAUAAUGCAGAAAAAAUAUCAUACCUGGUUGUCUUCCACCUGUUCUUCAUCAUGUUUAUCUGGUCCUACUGGAAGACUAUCUGCAGUAGGCCUGCCAGCCCCUCUAAAGAGUUUUGUCUGGCCAAAGUGGAGAAGGAGCAGUAUGAGAAGGAGCAGCCAGAUGCUCAGCAGGACAUCCUGAAGAAAGCGGCCGUAGGAUUGCCUGUCUACACACGCACUGGGACCGGAGCCGUCCGGUACUGUGACCACUGUCAGGUGAUCAAACCCGACCGCUGCCACCACUGCUCCACCUGUGACAUGUGUGUACUGAAGAUGGAUCAUCACUGUCCAUGGGUGAAUAACUGUGUUGGAUUUUCGAACUACAAGUUCUUUGUCUUGUUUCUGGCCUACUCCAUGCUGUAUUGUGUGUUUAUCGCUGCUACUGUCCUGCAGUAUUUCAUCAAAUUCUGGACACAUUGCCGAAGGAGAUCUGUUGGGGAUUGUCCUCAGAAUCAGCUGCCCGACACUCACGCCAAAUUCCACGUGUUGUUUCUGUUUUUUGUGGCGGCAAUGUUCUUCAUCAGCAUCCUGUCGCUUUUCAGCUACCAUCUCUGGCUUGUGGGAAAGAACAGGACCACCAUAGAGGCUUUCAGGGCUCCUGUCUUCAGAAAUGGCCCAGACAAAAAUGGCUUCUCUCUGGGCUUCAGUAGGAAUGUGGUGGAGGUGUUUGGAGACCAGAAGAAGUACUGGAUGUUUCCCAUCUACACCAGUCAUGGUGAUGGACACAGUUUUGCCACCCGGUUGCUGACCUUAGAUCCUGAGCAAAUAGCUGUGGGCCUCCAGAUCAACGGCAAAAGCUCUGAAGAUGGUCUGGCAAGCCCCAAGCACGUCCUUGGCAACAACAUUAACCACAUUGAGGGCCAUCAGMAUGACGUAGCCCAGACGGUAACUGUGACAAUGGAGCGUGAAUCAUAGACAGGUAAGUCUAUGGAUGAGUUCUGCUGAAGUGCGUGUGUUUCCUGCAGACCUUAGAGUGGAAACUGAUAACCACCAGGUGGCUCAAAUGGCCAGUUUAGAUGUCUGCCAGGAGACAACUGAGCCAUUAACUGUGAUGCCUUACAACCAGCAGCAUCAUUGUCUCUACAGAAACCAGCCUUUUAUCACAUGCAGUACCCCUACUACCAUGAACAAAAUGUCUAGUAACCGCUCUCGUAUAGCCGUCAUCUUUUCUAUUGUCGUUCUUAUGACCACCAAACAGCAUCCCUGUUACCAUGGACAAACCCUGGACUGUCAUGGACACAUCUGUCAGCAGAGCUUUCAUCAGCUUUCAGUUUCCAUCCUCACCAAACACAUGCAGACGCGUUGUCUUUGUUGCUAACCAAAGACGCACAACAAUAUUUUUUUGGUAACUAUUAUUAAUUUCUGGAACUGCUCUGUUAUUCAAGCCAAAAAAAGAAUACUCUUUGCACUAGGUCAGAUAAGUGCAGGAAAAUAAUUGCUUUACAGUUAUACGCCUCCGUCAAAUCAGUAUUCACUUGCUUUAUUGGAAAAAAUGAAGAGUUCACUGUGUCUUAGAACAGAAAAUGUGUUAGUGGUUUUGAUUUGAUUAAGCCCAGGGGAUACCAUGUUGUGUCUUUUGGCCCUGAAGGUCAUGAGCACUACUGUCUCAGUUGAUUGUAGCGUGUGUGUACUGUAUGCACUUUAAACUUGAAACAUGUGAUGGGUGCUAAGCAUAUCCAUUGAUUUCAAUAGGACAGUAGGUUUAUAUGAACCACGGCUUUGUAGGACCCUAUGCCUCUCCCAAAAUCCUCUCCUGCUCUGUAUCAUCGUAACUUAAAUGUGCAUUGUGCCUUCAGUACAGUAUGGAAGAACAAAGGUAUAGUACAGUGCCAUAGUUGACCUUAGCAUGGUGUAAUAACUUUAUAAUUUAGAGAGAUGGAAAUGGAACCCGGAGAGCAUUUAUGUUUACAAUUUUACGGGCCAAAUCCUAACUCAUGUUUUGCAAAAUUCCGUGCAUCAGUGAUGAUAUACACUGUGUACACAAAACAUUAGGAAAACCUUUCCUACUAUUGAGUUGCACCCCCUUUUGCCCUCAGAACAGCCUCAAUUUGUC